AUGUCAACCAAAUCAGAGACAAAGACCCUGCGCCUCGGCACUGCGUCGCCCUCGCCGGCGGCCACAACAGCCGAGACGCUCCUGGUGGUUGACCGACUGGCGACCCUUGCCGCUGACCAAAACGUUGAUCUCCUGCUCCUCCCAGAGGCAUUCCUCGGCGGCUACCCACGUGGCACAUCGUUCGGAAGUGUUAUUGGAAGCCGCUCGGAUGAGGGCCGUGAGGAAUUCCGCCAGUACUUUCGCGGUGCUGUCGAUCUCGGCGACGUCAUCGGCGAGGGCGGUGCCGGUGCCGGAGGCAAGUGGGUGAGGCGAGAACUCGACGGGGAGGGCGAGGCCAGGACCCGUGGCGACGGCACGAGGGAGAAGCUCGAAGACAUCGCUCGGAGGACCGGCGUCUUUGUUGUUGUCGGGCUGAUUGAGAGGGCCGGAGGCAGUCUCUACUGCGCCGUUGUCUACGUUUGCCCCGGCUUGGGUAUUAUUGGAAAACGAAGAAAGGUCAUGCCCACCGGCAGCGAACGCCUUGUAUGGGCCCAGGGGUCUCCGGCCACACUCCGAGCAGUCACAACGACAAUUCGCGGCGUCCGCCUCAACCUGGCAGCCGCUAUCUGCUGGGAGAGUUACAUGCCCAUGCUCAGGCAGGCGCUCUACCAGCAAAACAUCAAUCUCUACCUCGCCCCGACGGCCGACGGCCGCGACACGUGGCUGUCCCUGAUGCGCACGAUCGGGUGCGAGGGGCGGUGCUACGUCGUGAGCUCCAACAUGUGUGUACCAUCCAAGGGUAGCGAUGUGAGCGAGGGUGAAGCCUCGACCGCGGAGCAGCCGUUCGUCUCGCGCGGCGGGUCGUGCAUCACGGGACCCAUGGGCGCUGUCCUCGCCGGGCCUCAGUGGGAGAACCACCAGGACAUUAUCUACGCUGAUGUCGACUUUGAGGACUGUAUCAGAGGGAGGCUGGACCUGGAUGCUGCAGGAAGCUACUCGAGAAACGACUCGUUCAAGUUUUUUGUCGAGGGGCUGGACAUGAGCCCGUUGCCUUAUUGA